UCUGCGGCGAGCGAGCGGCCCGUGUCUGGAGCUGUGCGCGCGGCCUCGCGCUGCGCGAGUCCUGACACGCGACUGGAGAGCCCCUGGUGGCGGGCGGCAGAAACUUCACCUCAACAUGCCGGAGUUGGCGAGACUGCUCAGGGGCGCGCAGGCGGCUGGGAAGCGCAGCGGGGAGCCCAUGUCGCGCCGCUACAGCGCGUACAGCGCGGCGCUGGUGGUGUCCGUGUGCCUGCUGAUAGUGGUGUUCAGCCACCAGCUGGGCGGGGCCGGCACCGCGCUCGACCGCUCCGCCCUGCUCGACCUCGGCCGCACGAUCCAGGGCUGGUCCAGCAGCGAGGAUGACGGUGUGGAUGGCAGUGGGAGAGCCGCCCUCAUCCAGGCGGUGGUAGCGGAGCAGAGACUGCUGGUGGCACGUGAGAUGGCCGGCUACCGCUAUCCUGAAGGCAGAUACAACAUCUCGGCCAGGUCGCUGGCGGACCUGGUGCCCGAGCAAGGAGGCGAGCCGGUGAGGAACGUCGUCAUCACGACGUGGCGGUCGGGCUCCACGUUCCUGGGCGACGUGCUCAACUCGCACCCGGCCAACUUCUACCACUACGAGCCGCUGCUCGACUACGACAUCGUGCAGGUGCGCGGCGGCCCGCUGGGUGCGCGCGCCGUCUCCACGAUGCGCGCGCUGCUCAACUGCAACUACUCCGCGCUGGACCACUACCUGGACUACGGCAAGGACCACGUGUGGUUGUUCACUCAUAACACACGAUUGUGGGAGCAGUGCCAGAGACACCCGCACAUCUGCUGGCUGCCAGCAUUCCUCACACCCUUCUGCCGGCUCUUCCCCUUCCAGAGCAUGAAGGUGGUGCGUCUGAGGCUCGCGCUGGUGGAGGAGAUGCUGGCUGACCCCAGGUUGAAGGUGCGGGUGCUGCUUCUGGUGAGGGACCCACGAGGCACACUGCAGUCCAGGAAACACCGUGACUGGUGCCCGGGCAACCCCGACUGCAUGGAGCCGGCACGGCUGUGUGCUGACCUGGUGGCUGACUACGGCGCGGCCCUGCGGCUGAGCAGCAAGUACCCAGACAGGUUCAAAGCCGUUCGCUACGAAGACCUCUCCGUGGAGCCGUACAGAGGGGUGAAGGAGUUGUUCCAGUUCUUCGGCCUGGACUUCCACCCGAGUGUUCAGGCAUUCCUGGACACGCACACGAAGGUGAACGUGGGCGGUGUGUCGAGCACGUACCGCAACUCCAAGUCUGCGCCAUUCCACUGGCGCCAGGACCUGACCCACCGCGAGGUACGAGCCAUCCAGCGCGUCUGCCGCCCGGCCAUGGGCUACUGGGGCUACCGGCGCGCCGUCAACAGUUCCCACCAGCGCGAGUUCGACCCUCUAGGCGAAUUCCGGCUGGCUUAGCCCAGCGCACCGUGCGCAGGCCGUGUGAUUCCAGCCAAAGUUUCCUUUACAGACAUGCCAUUUUUCUCUUGGUCAGUCAUCAUUGCAGUGGUGGUACAGAGGACACACGAGCAAGCAUGAGAACCAAACAGAAAACUGUUCAAAACAAAGAUAAGGUAGCAAGCAAUAUGAGCUGAUAGUUACAUUGCACAUGGUAGCCAAUUUAACAAACCAAAGAUGGUUUCAUUUUCUUUAUUCACAUCUACAAUUGCAAAAUAGGUAAAAUUAUUUUCUAUUUAAAAGAAAUAAUUCAGUAAGUUUUAUGGAAGCAAGUAAAAGAAACAGUAAGAAUGCACCUGACGUUUCUGUCACACCUGAUUUGAAGAAUAAAAUAUUGUUGCCAACACUGCUGCUGGCAACAAAAAUGCUGCCUUGUUUAAAAAAUGUCUCUCACACCACUGCAACUAGUUCAGGCUAUCAAAAAAUGAGUCUAUUCACAACACGUGUGUUAAAAUUUAAAAUAUAUAUGAAUGCCCAAGAUGAUGUACAUACUUUGGCAAUAUGGUUUUCAUGCAAUUGCUUGAAAUUUUGAACAAUAUUUGCUACACGAGCAAGAAUUUAUGGUGCAACAGAAAUCUGUGAUUAAUCAAGCUGCAAUAAUUGUGCUGUGGAAUGUUUGUAUGUUGUACAUGCACAUUCCUGUGGUUUGUUUUGAAUGUUUAUGCAUGCAUAUAUUGUAUAGAUGUUAAUAUGUGACAUCAGGGCCACUGCUGUGAGUUUUGCAAGGAGCGACAAAACAUUGACUUGGGUCUCGGGCUAUCCUUUCCUCCUCACAACCAUCCUCUGUUUAAAACCAACCGUGUAUCCUCCAAGUGAUUGCAUAAGCUGUGAAGUGGGAAUGGUUUAUUUCUGUCAGCCAAUUGCAUCGCUGAGGUUAUACUUGCACAUCUUGCCAACCUUACAAACUUUUCUAUCUUCGUUGGCCCCACUUACCCCCAUCAUCCCUUUCCACUCUCCCAAUCCCGGGUUUCAGCCCUCCCUAACCAUGGCCCUGAAGGGCAAAUGUGCAGCAAAAUGCUUUAUUGUACAGCCAGCACUGCAGUACAGUCGCACAACUGGUUUGCAUUUUAAGUGGUUUCUUGAGCAGUUUUAUGAGUGCUGUAUUUUAAGAUACUGCAGUGCUGUAAUGAAGUAGCCCUCACAUGCAUCUUUACAUUGUGAACUGCUGAGUGUGUCAUUUGUUGUGUUGCAGUUCGUGCAUAUGUAUGUACUUAUCCGUGGCUAGUGAUUCGGUUACUUAAUUGUGUUUGAAUACUUUUGUUCAAUGAUUCACAAACCCAAGUUCUUAGCAAUAAAGCAAUAAAUAAACUGUACAUAAAGUUCAUGAAGUGUCCUUUAGCAGAAGUGAUGUGACGAGAACUCUGUCCUACAUGUUGACUGUAAUAACGAGUUUGUGUUUAUCAAUGAUGUUGCAAGCCAGACGUGCUUGUUGUUGCCAAGUUUGCAAGAAAUAAUUGUAAAGACAGGUAUUAGGUACAUAUCUGUGAUUAAAAAUAAUAUGAUGCAUUAAAUCAAAUUUCAAAGUGGAUGUUUGCAGACUGUGUUUGUUACAUGUAUGUGAUUUGAUUUUGACUGAUAAUGUAUUGCUUCAAAAGUUUUAACCUACUCCUGUCAAGAAUACUUGAAAAUCAAAAACUUUACUGUGUUACUGACAUGGAAGAAUGUAACAUUUAACAAAAAAAUUUUGAAUUGUAAAAAUUUUAAUUGGGGUAAUAAGUUAUUUUACUAUUUUUUCAUUUGAAAUCCUAAAAAAUUAUGUAAUGUUAUAGCAUAUGUAUCACAAUUAUUACUAUAAGUUGCUUUAAGUAUAUGCUAUAACAUAUAUAUAUAUAUACGACAGUCACAAGUCUUAAUUGCAUGAAUUAUUGUUAAAAUCAAUAUGUCAUUCUAGUUUAAAUAUUUAGUUGAAAGCACGUGAUUACUAAAUAGCUGUAGGCAUCAACAUAUCAGCACUUUUCAGUGCUGCUUUGAGUGCUUUAAUGUACAUAUCCGGGAGUGUCAGCCAAUAUUAACUUACAGUAUGACUACUUAAUUUAAUUAUGUAAAUUACUUGAUUUUGAGGUGUUCGUUUAACUCAACGGCAUUUUAAAACCUUGUGUUAAAGCAUCUUACAUAGAGAAGUCAGCUUGGCAACGGUAGUUAUAAUUUUAAUAUGAAUGUAUAAUGCAUUUUGGUAGAUUUUUAAUAUGAUCUCAUAUAUAACUCAAUCAAUAUUGCUUGCAAUAAUACUCACUGUUACUAGUAAGUUAUUUUUAGAGAUUGAGGUGAAAUAAUUUGCAUAGGGCAGCUCUGGGAUAGACAGUCAGUGGUAAUAGUAGGCCUAGAUAUUGUAAUUUAAUACACAGGAAGUAUGGCAGAACUCACUCCCUUGUAGUCAAUUGAACAGGAUUAAACAAAGUAGGUCAGAGAUACUGUAGAAGAGUAGUCACUGCUGUAGCGUGGGAGACUGUUUUUUGCGAUCAGAUCUGUGCUGCAGCAGAUUAGAGCCAUCUUCAGGGAAAUACAUGUUUCUGCUGAGUGAAUAAAAAUGGAUGUUGUGAUUUUUUUUUUUUUUUGUUACAGCUUUGGUGUAUAUUUGGGCAUCCUGUGUUCCUCGGAUAAAUAAAUUUCAUGUUUAUACGUUCAUUACUUUAACUAGCUGAAAGUCAGAACUUGCUAGCAUAUACGUCAACUUAACACCAUUUUUCUGCUAUGCUGUGCUGUGCUUUAACUAAUUUUAAAAUAAAACAAUCUAAUUAUUUUGGUUCUUAAAUAUUAAAAACAUGCCAAAACUGGCUACCUGUAAGUACAUACUUAACUAAAACUACCUAUUCAUUUAAUCUUCUGCUGAUAGUGGUAGGUAGGUUUCAUUCAGUAUCUGCUCCAUAAGCAACCAUAGGUGGUUCUGAAAACAGCUUAGGUAACCAUAGUUCACUAUUAGAGAUGGGAUAAUACAACAGUUUCAGAACUUGGUACCCUAUUCCAUUUUAACAGAUAUUGAUAAUAUUUUAGAUGAUACUUUAAAAAAAAAUUCAGUUAGAUUAUAUUGAUAAAUUAAAGAAUUUCAGUUUAUACUAUUUAAAUCUGUGUGUUACUUAAUGAAAACACAUUAAUUCAUAAUAACAGGAAUUCUGUUGAAGCAUUUAUAGUUCAAGACAUAUUCUCUUGUGCAAUAUAAAAACAAUCUCGGAUGUUGGAGCUUCUUCAACAUGUAGGAAAUGAGGGCUAAGUUCUGACUGAUGAGUUAUCAGUCUCUGGUUCGAUUCCCAGCCAGGCUGUUACUUUAGGAAAGUACACUUCCAGGGUUUCACCUCCAUCCAGAGAGAGGCAGGGCAAACCACCGCAGAGUCAACUCGCAGAUCCUUGGACAGCAAGCCUCGAAGCUGACAUAUGCACCAAUGUGUUUUCAUGUUACAGAAAUAGAUAUUUUGUAGGAACGUUUAUAAACUUUGAUUCGUCCAUUUUAUGUACUGAGAAAUCUAAACUCGAAGGGUAGCUAGCUAUAAUUUGGAACAAAUAAAAAGUAUUUGUGACAUCCAUACUAUUAAAUUUUUUAUUUAAAAUACUGUAUCUCACCCAAUAAUAUUUUGUUUGAAAAGUAGAUGCAGUUUUUAAGCAAAAAAUCAAAUAAAAAUCAAACAUAAUCUUUAAAUUGAAUUUUUGUUUACACAGAUUAAAAUAAACAUCUACUUGAAUAAUUUUUGGAACUAGACGUCAUUCAUUUCCAUAUUGGAGCCUGAUUCUGCCAUUAGUUGUUGGUAUUUUUUCUCUCUUGCGAUUUCAUGACUGGUUGUAGUAGUUCCCAUGAUACAGCAUAUACAUUAUUAAUCGGCUGUUGUGCCAAUCAAGCAUGCCAAAAUCGAUAUCAUUAAAUUUCCCAUGUUUAGAGAAGAAAAAACUUUCCCUUCCAUCGUUUGUAUUCCCAAUCUCAGUAUUUUGCUUAUGCCAAACUCAUAGUUCUUUUCACUUGCCAGAAACUCAUGGCCUGCCACCUGAUUUCAAUGCUGUCAGUAAACACAGUUGCCUUCACCUUAAAUCCUGCACCAUGACGACUGUGCUUUUCCCCGCGUGACUUUACGCCACAACGGUGGAGAUGACUAGGUACGUGCGCAGCUUAUAGCCAAAAACAUUUUUAACUUCUUGCCAUGUUUCGAUUCUUCAAAAAACAGAUGGCUCUUGUCAGAGUAUGCACUGUGUCAGAUUUAUUAGCUGGUUUAAUUUGACCGUUAUUGGCUCUUGAAAAUAAUAGUGCAACCACUAAGUGAGAGCAUCAUUUGUGCGAUAAAACACUCUAUAUUUUUUAAUCUAAGAAAUUAAUUAUAAAAAAUGGUUCAACACUCAAAAAAACAUUCUAACAUAAUUACGAUAAAGCUCUAUGGCUUUUGCAAAUACUCUCUCGUGUAAAUCUUCUCAAUAUGUUAAUUAUUAAUAUACAUAUUUCACUUUGUCAUAAAAAUAUAAUUAUUCCUGUAGAUGCACAAAUUUUGUUCCAGUACUGUAAUAACUUGAUUUAAUGCAGUUUUUUGGACAUACACCAUUGCAGUUUUGCACAGUUUUGCACUGUUUGUCUUGGAAAAAUUCCAAAAAUAAAACAAAAUAUGAAGAUUACAAAUUUACAGAAAACAAGACUGAAUGAGCUGAUGUCAGACAGACGUAAAUAACGAUGGAAAUAAAAAAGUAUUAUGGACAGCAUAAUGAUGUCAUUAUAUCAAAAUUCCCCAUUGCGUGAAUCAAUUAAACAACACUGUAAUAACUGUCAAUUGCAAAUGGUAGACUUUAUUUUAUUGUUAAAGCUCUUGUCUCACCCGCCAUGUAUUUUUUUUCAUUAUUACAUUUUUUUAAUGACUAUUUUUUUUUAAUAUUUAACUCAAUACCAGCCUUUUAUUUGUUCUGCAACAAAUAUUUUCAACAGAUAUUCACUUAGUGUAAUAUCAUGGGUAUAAAAUGGCGUGCAAAAGAUUAUGUAGCAUGCUAUUUUACACCUACCUAUGAUAUUAAACCAAGUGAAUAUCUGUUGAAAAUUUUUGUGGCAGAACAACAAAUACAAGGGAGGUAUCAAGUUAAAAUUUUAGAAAUAGCCUUUAAAAAAGAAUUUGAUGAAAAAAUUGAAGGAAAAAAUCAAAUGGUAUAUGAGACGGAGUUUCAAAUUUGCUGUCCAUGAGUGUUGUUACAUGAAAGACUGCUUGUUGUACUUUACUGUGAAAGUAUUUGGGAUUGCCUAAUUAAGUUUUAAAUAUUUUUGUUUUUCCUUGUGUAGGCAUUGUUUGGUAAAAAAAAAUUAGUUUAUAUUAUUAGUGAGUUUAAAUUAUGUAAAGCAUGUGACAAGAAUGCAAACAUUCCAUUAAAGGGGAAAAAAUAAAAACAGACCUUGCCGUUAUUGCACUGAUUUUCUUCCAAAAUUUGAAUUUGUUUGCCUACCUAUUCUUUCCGUUGAUUACUUAAAGGUUUAUGUUGUAUUCCUAUGUGCACAAUAUUUGACCAGCAGAAGUACAUAUUGUUUGCUAAGAGACAGUAGAGUUGUCUAGAGUGUCUUUUAGUUUCAUGGAAAUUUUCAGAUUGAAUGCGCUAUUUCAUUUUUUACAAUUUAAAAUUCCACCAACUGAAAAACAAAAUAAAAUACUAUCAUAUGAAACAGUCAUGUUGCUGUAAAUCAUUUUAUGAUCAAAUAACUCAUUCACUCCCUACAAAAAACUGUCACAUAACUGCAGUUACAUAAAUAUUCAACAGGUAGAUGCAAAUAGCAAGCAAAGUUAAAUGAAAUUAUGGUGUGUGACAACAUAAAGAUCCAGACGACAGUGACUGACCGCAUUAAACAAAACUUAUUAUUCACGGAUAUUUUUAAGGAGGGUUGAGAUUAGAGAGAGAGAUGUACUUCCUUCCCUCCCCCCUCCAUCUUACUGCUCCCCUUACUCAGCUCUAACCUUCUGUCAAGGUCAAAGACAUGCUGGUAUCACCAAAGGAAACUUCUCUCCCCAGCCGCAGGGGUGGCUGAGCUGGCAUGGCCUGAUGUGCAAGUUCAGUGCAGACACUGUGCAAUUUUUUUUUACCUUUGUCUUUAUUCACUGUACUUAUUGCAACUGUCUCGUCGUCGUCAGCCCACUGAGUCUGUCUGUGCUAUAAUAAUUUUCUGACUAAUUCCUUUCAACUAUACUUUAUACUGUUGAAAUAGCAUUCUACUUAAUUAGAGCACAUUUUCGUAGUGCGGCUACUGCCAACUAUGCAGAUACGGCCAAUAAAACAGUCAAAUGAAGAAAAAAACAAAUUUGCAACUUGUUCAGACAAAACCUUUCUGUUGAAAAUACAGUGACAAGUUGAUUAAGUGACAAGUUGAUUAGUAAUGACAAUGCAGGUGUACUUCAAAAAAAAUCAAAUGCAAGACAUGCAAGUGCAAGUACCGUGUUUUCUCGCAUAAUUGUCGCACAUUUUAUUCUAAAAUCAAGUUUGAAAAGUAGGGGUGCGAUGAUUAUGCGGAAAAAAAAAUUGUUAGGUAAAGUUAUUCAUAAAAAACCACGUUCAUGGAAAGUACGUUUAUUUAAAAAAAAAAAAAAAAAAAAAAAAAAAAAAAAAAAAAAAAAAAAAAGUGGGGUGUACAAGAGCACACCAAACAAUUUAUAUUAAUAAUUCAUUAAACAAAAACCUUUCUUCAACUUUAAAUAGAAAACCCAAACUGUAACGCGAACGCAGGCCACUUGAAUCUGCAACGUGAACCAACGCGUAACUAUUGCCGUUGAACACAUUUACCACGAAAGAAUGCGGGCUAUCAAAUGUAGUUAACUCGGCACUCGACAGAGAGCGCACGCUGCUUGCAAUCGGAGAGAUAUCGAUAUUCAACUACGUGUGCGCGCUCUAUACGGGAAGCAACAUAACCAAACAUGAAUGAUGCCAACUAGCGCUGGCUACAUAUUCAUAAGUGGUACACCGCAGCGACGCAGACAAUCAGAUAAACAUUAUAACAUUUAAAAACUUCUUUAAAAGAAAAUUUACACGUCAGAAAUCUUUGUAUUUCCGUUAAUUAAAUAAGUAUGUGGUAAUAUCCGAAUAAAUAUUAGAUUUCUACUUUAAAAUACAUUGUUUUAUACGGAAAAGAUAUCUACAUCGGUACACUGCUGCGACACAGACGAUCAGAUAAAGAUAAUAACACUUAAAAACGUCUUUAAAAGAAAAUUUACACGUCAGACAACUUCGUAUUUCCGUUAAUUAAAUAAGUAAGUGGUAAUUUCCGAAUAAAUAUUAGAUUUCUACUUUAAAUAUGUACGGAAAAGAUACCUACACAAAGCGCUCGGCAUCUAAUAGCGAGACCAAAAACAUAAUUCGACGUUUAAGCGAGAAGUUUUUUCAUCCCAAUUUUGACGGCCAAAAAUAUAGGUGCGACGAUUAUGCGAUAAAAGAGGGUAAGUAUUAAAUACCAGUAUAAACCCUUGUGUCUAGACCUAAUGGUCUUUUGGCCUAAUGGCACUUUAAAAUCUUACUCUAUCAGUACAUAAUAUGCUCAUAGAUCAUGCAGAAUAAGAUCUAAAGAUGUCGGAACAGUAUCAUCGCUAUAAAACUUCAGGGAGAGUUGAGAGCAUGUUUUAAAUGCCUGUCUCUGAGACAUGAGGCAUCGUGUUGUCAAUAAACUUUAUUCCAGUAUACUGCAUGAUGAAAAUGCAGCAAAACCCUGCAUUCCGACUGGCCUACAUCACCAUUCUGAAUGUACAAGCUGUUUAUGAAGAUAUAUAUGUGUGUGUGUGUCUGUCUCUCGUACACACACAGACACACACAGAGAGAGGUGAACAAUAAUCAGUUGUAUUGCCACAUGGGAAUGUGUACGACACAAUGCAGAUACUGAGACCAUUAUUUUUACUUUUAUUAUGAGUUUCUAAAGCUUUCUAACAGUAGGUAACCUUGGUGAUUGCAUGAGCAACCAACCUAUGUGAAGAACACAUUUGUUGUAGGGCCAAGCGUUGAAGCUUGCAUUAGCUCAUUGAUAGAGGAUUUAUGGAACUGCAGUUUUAUGUAAGUUUGUGUGUUACGUAGCUUUGUGGGCUACUUUACUAAAUUUUUUUGUAUAAAGACAAUAUCAAGCUUUUGAUCUCUGGUACAAAAUGUGGUUAGAAAUUAUUAUUAUUAUUUUGGCAUAUGUGAGCGAUGAAAUAAAUAAUAGAUAUUUUUGUAUGACUUUGUAAGAAGAAACAAUCUUUGAAAUUGAUAAAUCACCAAGCUUGGUGAGUGGCCUGUAAUUUCAGAUAGUGUUUGUCUUUACUUUGUUAUUUAUUUUUUUAUUUGAUAUUUUUACAUUUUCAUUUUAGUAUAAAUGAGGAGAAUUUUUCCUGUUUCAGUUAUGAAAAGUCCAGAUUUUAGAUUUUCGGUUGGAACCCUAUACAGGCACUGUGUAGAACCAAAGCAUUGUAUAUAGACAAGUGUAGUUUGACCUUGAGAUCCUAUAACACAAAAGUGUUGCAGUUUGUGUGUAGUGUUAAGAUGAGAAUUACAUAAUGAAUUAGCAUUAAGAUGUAAAAAAAAAUCUCCUGUAUCAUUUUCACGUGCAUGUUAAUUACUUCCCAGUUCUUUCUCAGUAAAGUCAUUAUAUUAAUCUGAAUGAUAAUUUGAAAAUAUAAUGUACAUGGAAGUGUGAGGUUAUGUCUUGUUUACUGUUUACCUUGGUACCUUGGUACCUAUACAGUACUGUCCAAGGAAAAUGUAAAGUGAAUGUUUGGUCUGUGGGUAUUUGUAAACCUUGCCAAACAUUUUCCCACAAUAUUUGACAUGUAUUUUGCAUGUGACCAUUGAUUACAUAAAAAUAAUAAUAAUAAUACUCUUAUAUAUAUAUUUUUUUAAUUCUGUUUAAAUAUCUUGUGUUUACACAAUGUUUUGUGUUGUUUACUGUACAAGUAUUGAGCUGUUAUUAGUUGUUAGUGUAUAAUGUUCAUGAUAAAAUAAGUUCUAAUCAAAUUUUAGGCUUCUAACAUAUUAAUCAUUUUUAACUAGUAUAAAGUACGGUAUUACUAAUUUAAUUCUGACUUGUUCAAUUAAUAUGCAAAUUUCAAUAUAUUUAUUAAAAGUUCAUAUUUUUACAUUUAUCAACUUCAGCUAAUUUAGAAAUUUGUUAGAUAUUUGGCAAUAACGAUGCAUAACACCUGAGUAUCCACUCUGAUAAUUGUGAUAAUUCCACCAAUAGAAUAGAAUAUUUUACUUUAAAUUUAUAUAGCAGUAUAUAAACCAACAGAUUUCUGCAAGCACAUCUCUAUGUAACCAUGUUACUAAGUUUGAAAUUGCAUACAUAAAUAUGUAGUAGGCAGAAGCAUAUAUUCACCCAUCAGAAAAUGUACGUUGAUUAUAACUUUUAGUUUUUAAAUGGAAAAGUUUGCAGUCUAAGGCAUAUUAGAUACGUAGGUAAUCACUGGUUAAAAUAAUUUUGCUAGAGCAUUCAUGCAAGCAUAUGUGAAAAUGCUUAAGCAUGAGUGAACAGUUUCUCUCGUUGGUCAAUCAACAUAUUAGCAAUGACUGCAACGAACGUAGCAAGACUGAAAAUUUACUACAAGCAAAUUUUUUUGUUUCUGUUACAAGUCGUCCUCUGUUGGUUAUAAGAACCUUAAAAAUGAAACAGUUCAAUGCAUAUUUACACAUUUCAGUUUUAAAUGUACUCGUCAUAAAGCUUAAAACCUUCAAAUAAUCAUAGUAAUCUGCUUGUACCAUACUUUUUAAACAAUUUGGAUUAAUACAAAUUUGCAGUAGUGUAUUAAUUUUCAAAUGUUGCACUUGAAAUGUACUAGAGAUACAGAAGUGCAUCAUUCUGUAAGCUACACAGUUGGCAAGUUAACUGACACAUCAUGCAUCUGCCAUAAUCUGCUUCUCUGCUUCCUAUAUCUUCUAUAGUUUUCUUCUUCAAUUGCUAAGUAGCUAGUUCAACUAACUAUGAACUUCCUAAAAUAAGUCUUAAUUACCUCUUUCUUUCAAUUUCAUUGAAAAUUACUGGAAAAAACUAUUUGCCCUCACCAGUAAGCUCAAUAACAUCUUUGCUGAUAUAUCAACUUGCAGAAUUUUAAGCGUUUGUCUGCUACUUGUUUGGAAAGAUUCGGUUGUUUUCUGGGAUAAUGAAUAGUCCAUGUUUAACUACGGAUUCCUGAUUAGUAUAGACCUGCAAAAUUCGCGGAUUCAUUCGGUGAUAGGUUAGAAUUCAAACACAUAUACCUCUUAGAUAAUUUUGCUAUUGGCUUACUGUUCAUCUGGACGAAUCUCAACCAGUUAUAAACCCUCAACCAAAGAAGGAUCGAAUCACAGACAAACCAGCUGAGACGACUUACAAGUCGGCAGCCAAUGAACUUGCGUUAUUUGCCCGAGUGUACAGGGGUAGGUAUGUGCAGUCUAUCCUGAAGGCCAUCGAAACCGCGAAUUUUGCAGGUCUCUAGUGAUUAGUAAACUUUCAAAUGCUAGUUAAUGUGUUUUUAGUGGAAAUACUUUUAGGCCUGCUCUUACGUACUCCUUAUAUGCAGUUAUACUCCAUCAUAGCUACCAGUUUAAUCCAAUCAAAUAGUCAAACAUGGAUGCAAAAUUUCCGGUAGAACUAAUUUUUUAAUAUAGCUGGGAUAAUUUUGCCAACAAAGUUUUUUUCCACUUAAGCCGUCAUCUUGAAAAACCUAAAAAAAUUGCGUGUUUUGGCUUGGUUUUGCCCAUUAUCGGCCAAAAUACGCAUCUGACAAACCUUUUUGUACUUUCCAUUAUGAAAACAAACUAAAUUAUCUACAUUUUGAGACCAAAUUGAGUUUUCUACCUUUUUUCAUGAGUGGAUACUUGGCAUGAAGUAAUAAUGUAUUCUGUCAUUCUACUUAUGAUUUUAAAUUACAAAAGUCUGUAAGAGAAUACUUUUCCUGUACAUCAGAAGAGCUACAAUCUAUUGAAGAAAUUCUUUCUAAAUCCUUUUUAGCUUUCUGCAAAGAAUGGUAAAUGAUGCAAUACAUGCAACCGCAAUAAGCUUAAAGAAGUAAAAAAAUUAAGUGUAUGUUUGGUAAUAUAUUGUAAAAUAAAAUUUUUAGAGGGUGUAAUUAGACACUGUUAAUACAUAGUACAUACAAUCAAUAGUGCAGUUAACAUAUGCAGUUAAUGUACACAGACAUUUUACAUAUUUUAUAAGCUACUGAUAGAAUGAUGAUGUUUGGCAGUAUUUGAGCUACAUACAUACAUAUAUACAUACAUAGUUAUAUUUGUUUUUCAUCGGAAGUUACUUGCGACAAUAGUUUUGAUUGCUUGCUACUUUAGAAAUUGCUCGCCUUAUAGAGUUGCAUAAAUUUAUAUGACAUUAUAUAUUAAAGACACUGCCAUAUAGUGUGAAGAGUGCCUUGAAACUUCCAUAUCUGUUAUAGUUUGCUUCCAGUAUCUUAACAGUGAUACAAAUUCACUUGUUGCUUUAAAUAGAUUACGCACAAUCAUGUAAAGUUAUUUUAUCAUGCUUGCUGAAGUAUUAGAAAGAUAUUUCCUAUAAAAAAAAUACUAGUUUCACAAUAUUACUAUUACAAAUAGAAUACUUACCACCAGCACCUUCUUAAAAGGUACUUUCUUUUAUAUUUCUGUAAGAUUCAAAAUAUAAAAUUAACAAUUUUUAGACUAUAAAUAAAUACAGAAAAAAGUUUUAAAAAAUGCUAUCAAUAUGAGCUUUUUAGAUUAUGAUAUUAAAAUCUGAGCUAAGUAUGAUAAUCUCACAGGUCGUAAGUCAUUAAGAUAUGUAUGAGCUAUUUUUUAGAAGUUGCCAGGCUCAUAUUUGUAAGAGUUGUUUUGUAACAACUAUAGCUCACUUUAAUGCUGUAGGUAUUGUUCAUAUGAGUAACAUGUAGCACGUCGGAAAAUUACUCAUGAGCUGUUUCCUAGAGUGUUUUACAGUCGUAUAUUAACAGUAACAUCACUGCAUUCUGCUCCCAAUUUUUGACUGCAGAUGCAAUGUAGGUAAAUCUCAGCCUUGAUGCUUACUGGUAGUAGUCAGGGACAUACUUACGGAACAAAGAGAGUCGACCUCCCUGAAAUUGUUUCAACUACUGUACCUAUGUAAUAAUAAAAACCAGUUUACUGUACUUGUAAAUGAUGAAAGUAAUUUGUUUCACAUAACUGUCUCUUAUAUGUCUCAAACAAAUAUGUAACUUCCCUCCUAAAUUUUGACAUCCUUUGUGGUAAAAUAAUUUCCUCUAGCACAAUUUUUACCUAAACAAUCUUUAAGUGUUUACUUUAAAGGUGAAAAAAUCCUUUAAACUGAGGUACUUCAUAAUGAAGUCCCACCCCAAUCCUCUAGCCCAUGUCAAAUGCCGUAAAUUAAUCUCGUUUUCUUUUCCACGAAGCCAUAAAAUAAAUAUAACCAUAUAGAAUUUUCUCAAAUAAUCAGUACAGUCACUAACAUUUCAUGAACUAAAUGAAAUAUAACCUGUUAAAAUAUUGGUAUUCUUGUUUCCAGGCUGUCUCAUGACUGCUAUGCCAUCAAGCUUCAAUAUUUCUUUAUUCAGUAAGUUGCACAACUGCCUUAAUUGAACAGUAAUGAUUCAGCCCGUGUCCCAGAAUACACAUUUUCAUUCUUAAUCCUGGGAUUUAAAAAAAAUCCUAUGACAAAAAUUAUAAUAUUUACAUUAAAAGCAGUUUUUAUUUACUUAACCUAAGUGUUUUAUCACUUGGAAAACCAGAACAUUAUAAAUUAAGUGUCUCAAACCUGGGUGGUCAUAAGGGGUGGAAAACUAAUUUUGUCUAUGCAAGCUCAAAAUGACUGUAGCCUACUUUUAUAUUCUAUCUAGGAUCAGAAUAUAACUAAGGUGUGUUGUAUUAUCAGCACAGCACCAGUAUGUGUAGUCAUAUUACAGAAUAGUGAUUAAUGAUCUUUUAGCUAAUGUUUUGCAUAAUUCCUAAAUCUUUGGGCAACAGAAUUACAAUUAGAUAUUUGGUAAUUAAAAAUAACACAUUUGACAUUAUAAAAAAACUGUACAUACAUACAAAAUACUUGUAUUUUACUUCGUAAAACUACUUAGUUUAUAAAACAUAAUUUCUUAAAAUGUAUCACAAAUUUUGAUUUUGCAGUCGUUACAUACACAUCUAGGGAUAUCAAAUGUCUAAACUGUGAUAUUUGAUUAAUGAAAUAUUAAACAUGUUAGGGGUAGGUAUUUUGGGGUAUUUGUGAAUACAUUUCCAAUGAAAAAAGUGUUACAUAUUUCAGAACUGUUAUUUUGAAUAAAGCUUCAGUUUCGAUUAGCAUGAGAGACAUUAUAGAAGAGAUCUUAUCUGUAUGUAUUGCUCUCAGUGAAGUAUGGUUGAGAGAUUCCCCAGAUUAGCUCCACAGCUAUGGUAUGAGGGGCACACCCUGCUUCUGCUGCGGUAUUCUCCUACGGGUAACACUGCAGUUAAGUACGGGCUACUUUACUUCUCGCUCAUGCUUCUUAUGUUUGGCUUCAUCUGUUCAGAUAAUUUAGUAAUUGCAUUUUAAUGCUCAAAUGAAUCUAAUACAAACUCUAAAGUAUCAUCAAAAACUCUUAAGCAAAACUAUAAUCUCGUGAUUAUAACUUAUAAAUUAAAUCCUGUAUGUUACUUGUAUUACGUGUAAUGGCCUUCCAUGAAGGAUAUUGCAGCGAGCUGAAAAUCUUCUCCUGGUAUGAACUUACGCAAAGACUUUCACCUAUGGUUAGUUUUCUUUACAGUUUAUAAUUCAACAUAAUGCUAGGUCUCGCAUACUACAUUGGAAAGUCUUCCUCAUAGGAAUUAAUCUUGCUAGAAAUGACUUUUCCGAGCAGCAAUGCAACAUUCUUUACUGGACUCGGCACCAAUUCUUAAGUUCUUAUUUUUGUAUGAGAAAUUCAAACAUUUUGAGGAAUUGUGCAAACUAGGUGUUACUUAAUGAACUAUCAUUAUGUACAAGUGGCUUUAGGGCAGUUCCUUACUAUUCAUAGCAAAAUAAGAAUAAAUUAUUGUUAAUUUUCACUUUGAAAAAAGUGCUAGAAGUGUACCUAAUAAAAAUAUUCUUGUGUGGCAAUGUUACAGAAACAGCUGUGAAAUAAAAGUUUAAAAGUAUGGCUCCGUGUGAAA